UCUGCUUGUGUCCUCAUGUCUUCCAACAUGAGAAUCUUGGUUACUGGAGGAGCUGGAUUCAUUGGUUCUCACUUGAUUGACAGAUUAAUGGAAAAUGAAAAGAAUGAGGUUAUUGUUGUUGAUAACUACUUCACUGGCUCCAAGGACAAUCUUAAAAAAUGGAUUGGUCAUCCCAGAUUUGAGCUUAUUCGUCAUGAUGUCACUGAAACAUUGUUGGUUGAGGUUGAUCGGAUAUACCAUCUUGCAUGCCCAGCUUCUCCAAUUUUCUACAAAUAUAAUCCUGUAAAGACAAUAAAAACAAAUGUGAGGGCAAGCGUGUUGCUGAGACCUUGAUGUUUGACUAUCAUCGGC